AUGCAGAGGAAACAACAAAACCCCAGUCUCACCUUACCAGAAAUGAGUUCUGCAGCAGGAUUUGACACAAAAAGCGAGCAAUUUGAUAGUGGAGGAAAGUUUAUUACAAACACCUCAGACCAAACAAAGGGGAGCGUGCCCUCUACACCGCAAGAAAACAGACUCAGCAGCCAGAAGAUCUUAUUGUUGAUAAACAACAUGAACCUAUCAGAGAACGACUCCUCCAUGUACUCAGGGGGGUACGACUAUGAGCCCACCUGUGAGACGGAUGCCAGUCUGCCUGAUGGAGACAGGAUUAUGACGGUUCUUUGCUAUGUGAUGUUUGGGUUAGGCCUGCUAGGCAACACCACGAUUCUCUGGGUUCUCCUCCGGCACAUCAAGCUGAAGACCAUGACGGACGUGUGCCUCCUCAACCUGGCCCUGUCUGACCUCAUCCUGGCUGCAUCCCUGCCCCUCUGGGCCAUCAAUGCCCACAACCUUGCAUUGUGCAAACUGAUGACAGGAGUCUAUCAGCUGGGUUUCUACAGUGGGACAGUAUUUGUGACUCUGAUGAGUGUGGACCGCUACCUGGCCAUCGUCCACGCUGUUGCAGCCAUGCGAGCCCGGACCCUUCACUAUGGAAUCAUUGCCAGCGUCAUUAUCUGGGUUAUAUCCUUCAUUGCCGCGGCCCCUCAGGUGAUCUUUGCCUCCUUGGAGAUGGAACCGGGAGAUCCCACUGUCCGGUGUCAGCCGCUCUAUCCAGAGGACACGGAGAGGUUUUGGAAGUUGCUCCGAAACUUCAGUGAGAACACGGUGGGCCUUUUUGUGUGCCUCCCCAUCAUGAUUUUCUGCUAUGUGAAAAUCCUGGUUGUGCUGACCAAGUGCCGAAACUCCAAAAAGGGCAGAGCUGUAAAGCUGAUAUUUGGUAUAGUGUGUGUGUUUGUGGUGUGCUGGGUCCCCUACAAUGUCAUAGUGUUCCUUCAGACACUGCAGCUGUUCGACCUCCUAAACCACUGCGAGGCUACAAACAACAUCGGCGCUGCUAUGAGCUACGCUGAGAUCAUUGCACUGUCUCACUGCUGUGUGAAUCCAGUCAUCUAUGCAUUUGUAGGGGAGAAGUUCAGGAAGUCACUGGGCAAAGUGCUGACUAGGUAUCCCUGCUGCAUCCCCCGGCACCACAGCAGAUGGAUCUCCACCAACACCACAGAUAAAGAAACUUCCAACACCCCUGUGAGAUCAGAAUAUUAGGAAUGAUGAACACUCCCUGCUCCUGCGAUGGUGUUCGCUGCGUGUGUGACAUCGCGCAUGAUGGUUUUUGUUUUUUAAUUCACGGACUACAGAAGGAAAAGUGUGCGUGCAUGUGUGUGAGAGGUUUUCUGAGUGAUUAGUGCUUCUAAGUGUUACUUGUGUUGAAAAUGUACAACAAUGUAUGAAGACGUGUGCAAUUCUAAGUGUAUUUGUAAUGUGUAGAACUAUUGUGUAAAUAAAGAAAAUUAGAUGAU